AUGGGUCAGCAGGCAAGUGGCGCCCCCUGGCAGCUGGUGGGGUUUGUGUUGGGUGCUGUGGGUUGGAUUGGAGCUUCCAUUGCCAUGGGGCUGAUUCAGUGGAGAGUAUGGCACGUGAAUCCGGCAGAGAUCGACUCGGGCGUGGCCUGGGUUGGCAUCUGGAGGGCCUGUUUCUACGGCAACCGGCUGGCAUCCCCGCCGCUCCGCCGAAUGUUCUGCCAGGCAAUGGGCAGCGGCGAGACCUUCGUGCCGCGGGAGAUUGCUGCCGCACAGGUGCUGAUGGUAGCAGCCGUGCUCACCGGCGCAGUUGGCAAGGCAGCCGCUGCCUCUGGGCUGAAGGGUGUCUACGUAGGUGGAGGGCAGGUGAGGCUGGCUUUGGGGGCCGGAGGGUGCUUCCACCUGCUGGCCAGCAUCUGCACUGCCAUCCCCGCCGGCUGGAACCUGAGCUCCGUGGCUGGCAACCGGACCAUCGCCUUCCCGCCUCACUUCCACCUGCCCCAGUCGCCGUGGGCACAGGAGGCAGGAGCUGCCAUCUACGUGGCCCUUUUCUCGUCUGGCCUGCUCCUCCUCGCGGCUCUGCUGCUGUUCAGUUACAGGAAUCCUCCACUCCUCCCCAGCGGCAAGGUCCACCCUUCCUCCCUGGACCUCUCGGACGGCACCAGCCUCAUCUCUGGGGCCAGCAUUGCAUUGGGGAGCAGCUUGCGUGCAGACAGCUUCUCGCAGUACUCCUGGUCCAGCUGUGGAGUGGACAACCAAGCAUUCAGGUCUGAGGAUUACUGA